CAGCCCGGAAGGGCCCUUCUCACCCCGGCCGUUCCGCCGCGACCUGCGGGCUGUGGGCGGGCCCAGUGGCGCCGGCGGCGGCACUUCCAGGGCGCAGCGCUCGGGCUUCCCGGCUGCGCGCACGGCGGGCCGGCCGUGCGGCAUGGCGGCGCCCUCGCGGAAGGAGCGGCAGGCGUGCUGGGGUGCGCGCGACGAGUACUGGCGGUGCCUGGACGCCCACGCCGAGGACGCGGCCCUCUGCCGGCGCCUCCGCAGCUCCUUCGAGGCCAGCUGCCCCCAGCAAUGGAUAAAAUAUUUUGAUAAAAGAAGAGACUACUUAAAAUUCAAGGAAAAAUUUGAAGCAGGACAGUUCCAGCCUUCUGAAUCAACUACAAAUUCCUAGGCACUUCCUGAACUUUUCACAAAGGAUGAAAAAGUAUUCUUUCUGGACAUUUAAAAAUGCUCUGUUGGUUCUGUGACAGUAGUUUGACAUGGCAUAUAUCAGUACUUGUUCCCUGUGUACAGUACUUCAUAAUGAAAUUGGACAAGUAACAGAUCCAUGUUUCAACUAUGAAGACUUGAAGUAUGGUGGUUUCAAUAUGCCUAGUUCUAAUUCAGUAAGAAAUCUAUUUUAAGAAACAAUUAAAACCAAUUAUAAAAACACAUUGCUUUUUUCAUUUUGAACUAGAUGAUGAGUAGUGGGGAAAUACUUACAGUGGAUAUUACAGAUAGAAACUGAAGUAAGCUGUCAGCGUGUGUUCCUGGGAGUUAACACUUGAAUACAGGCAUUACAGCUUGAGGCUUGAGGCUGGGAGAAGGCUGAACCCAAAAUGCACAGGUAA